GGUGGCUGGCAGCUAAGCGAUGAGGAGGAGGUGCUAGUGUCAAACAGAAUGCACAGUGCAAUGCACACACACACUCAGUAGCACGGAGUGGCAGGGAAUAGGGAGAGACUGAGAGUGCUGGGAGGAGGAGGAGGAGGCAGACAGGCACGGGUGAGGGACUGAGGAGGAGAGGGAGAAGGACAGACAGACCAGGACAAGCCAGACAUUGGCACAGUGACAGGGCAGGGGGUGUAGGUGCAGGUUGGGCUGAGCAGGGACACAAACCAGACAGACAGGCAGUGGGCUCAGUGCUGACACAGAAGACAUGGAAGGAGCCUCAUUUGGUGCUGGCCGGGCAGGUGGAGGAUUCGAGCCAGUGGAAUUCCUGAAGCAGCCCCAGACCAUCCUGAGAAUCAUAUCCUGGGUGUUCUCCAUUGUGGUUUUCGGUUCGUUAGUGAACGAGGGAUCAAUUAACGUCGACAGCCCCGAGCUUUAUUGCGUUUAUAACCAAAACGACGAUGCCUGUAACUACGCCAUCACCAUCGGAGUCGUCGCUUUCUUCGCCUCCAUCUGCUUCUUCGUCGUGGAUAUCUACUUCCCACAGAUCAGCAGCGUGAAGGAUCGGAAGAAAGCCGUGAUGAUCGAUAUUGGCUUCUCAGCGAUAUGGAGCUUCCUGUGGUUUGUGUCGUUCUGUUUCCUGGCUGACCAAUGGCGAAAGACGUCUUACGAUGUGCCCCAAGGAGCCGACGCGGCCAGGGCUGGAAUUGUUUUCUCCUUCUUCUCUGUCUUCUCCUGGUGCGCAUCGGCGGUGAAAGCGAUGCAGAGAUACCGCCUAGGAACCGACAUGUCCCUUUUUGCCGGGGACCAGUUUGGCUCUGCGCCCAACGCCGGAUACCCAGGGUACCCCACGGGUAGCGGGAUCGAGAGCACCACGGAUACCUAUCAGAGCCCCCCUUUUACUGAGAACAUGGACUCAAGCACAAAGGGCUACCAAGUGCCGUCGUACUGAGGCCGAGGAGGAGCCGGGGAUGUUUGGACGCAGAGGGAGCAGCUGUGCUGAUGCAGAGAAUCGGCUGAAAACUCAAGUGUUCUACUUUCUAGAUGUGAUUUCCAGUGCUGGGUGAUUUGUUCUAUUAGCUAGAUGUACAGUCCUCUCUGCUGUACAGUGGUCUCGAUUGCUUGUAUGUGAUAUCUCCAAAGGGGUUGAAAAAUACAGUGUUCCCUCUAAGGAUUAGAGCUGGCAGAAGCCCUUUGCUGCCAUACUGGUUGGCAAAUGGAUUCUGUAUGCAGAUACCUCUUAUAAAUCAAUAUUUUUUAAGCCAGGAAGGAAUACAUUGUUUCCCUGAAAAUCCCCCGCCCUAUAGGUGCCCACCCAUUAUUUUUAUUUUGAAAGGGCCACUAUACCCUUAGGUGUUCCUGCUGGAUUGCACUUAGUACAGGGAGGUGCCGAUACCAUUGGGCUACAAGAUCACAAGGCAGUUUUCCCUGCUAUUAAGAUUGCCAUGAAUGGUCCUGUUUGGCUUAUCCCACCCCAAUUAUGUCACACCGUGUCCUGGAUUUUAAGAACAUAUCCCUCACUGGUAUCUUGUAAUAUAAUUAUAACACAACAGGAGGGCUAUGGAAGGUGAUCAGGAAGCCAGCCUUAAAAACAAUGGAUGCUUAGUGAACAAUAAAACUGCCAGCUGAGCCAGUGCCACCUUCAUCCAAGCUAUUGGGGCAAUACAGCAAAAGUAAACUACUUAUACCUUAAAGGACAAGUACAAACUAAAGGUAUAGUGGUCCUACAAUGUUCAUGCUUCCCACAUAUUCAGAAUCAUGACUUGGGGAUUUACUGGUCUUCCAUUACCAUCAGUCUGUAUCAUCUGGAAUCCCCAUCCCAGUAGUGUCUAUCCUUUAUAUGUUCCAAUCUCCAAGCAGUAUAAUACAUAUGCCGGAGGAACCAGGUUCCGACUGCUGCAAUAAAUCUAUACAAUAGCGGCAAAGUCCAUGAAUGAUAAUAUUUGUUCAUCCUUCAACCUUCACCCUAUACCCUUCAUGGCUAUAAUAAAGCCCUAUACUAAACAAAACUAGGUGGAUAGACCUUCCGUGCCAAGGUAAUGGCGGCCAUUGCAUUCCCUUUAUGACAGAUAAUAUAACCAGUAUGUCAGUGUGAUCUAUUCGCCACCAAUUGGGUCCUGCAGCAAGUCAGGCACCCACCGAUUGCAAUAGGAUUUCAAACAGCAGGUUUGGCCAGUCAGCAAGUUGGGUUGCAAUAAAACUUCUUUUAUGCCUUUCUUUACUUUCUAUCUUCCUUCAACCUCAUUUGACAUCACUCCCAGCUUACAGUUUGGUUUGAUUGUGGCCAACAGGUAGCAAGUUGGGUUGCGGGCAAAGUGGUUGUGGUUUGGAUUGGGUUGCAGGUCGAAGAGGGUGAAAAUGCAGGUUGUGGGUCAGCUGCAGGUCUGCCCAAUACCCGGCAGUUGUAGUAGGCUUUACAGAAGCGGGUAUGGGUGAAGGUUGGCGGGUCAGCAGGUUGGGACGCAAGAAAACUUUUUUUACACCUUUCUUUUCCAUCUGCCUCCAUUUGACAUCACUCCCAGUUUACAGUGAUGUCACUUCCAGUGUUUGAUAGCAUCACUCUUGGUUUAAUUGUGGACAAUUGGUCCAAAGUAAUUGUGGGUCGGAUAGGGUAGCAGGUCAAAGUAGGUAACAAUGCAGGUUGUGGGUCGGGGGGGGUCUUCGCAAUACCUGGCAGUUGUAGUAGGCUUUACAGAAGAGGGUAUGGGUGAAGGUCAGCAGGUUGGAUCACAAUAAAACCUUUUUUUACACCUUUUUUUUCAUCUUCCUCCAAACCUCAGGUGACAUCACUUUCAAUUUAUAGUGAUGUCACAUCCAGUAUAUGAUGACAUCACUGCUGGUUUAACUGUGGCCAGCAGGUAACAAGUUGGGUUGCAAUAAAACUUUUAUACCUUUCUUUACUUUCUAUCUUCCUUCAACCUCAUUUGACAUAACUCCCAGUUUACAGUGAUGUCACUUCCAGUAUAUGAUGGCAUCACUCCUGGCCAACAGGUAGCAAGUUGGGUUGCGGGCAAAGUGGUUGUGGGUUGCGGGUCCAAGAGGGUGAAAAUGCAGGUUGUGGGUCAGCUGCAGAUCUACCCAAUACCCAGCGGUUGUAGUAGGCUUUACAGAAGCGGGUAUGGGUGAAGGUUGGCGGGUCAGCAGGUUGGGAUGCAAUAAAACUUUUUUUAAACAUUUUUUUCCAUCUUCCUCCAACCUCAUUUGACAUCACUCCCAGUUUACAGUGAUGUCACUUUCAGUAUUCGAUGACAUCAAUCUUGGUUUAAUUGUGGACAAUUGGUCCAAAGUGAAUGUGGGUCGGAUAGGGUAGCAGGUCCAAUUGGGUUGGGUGGGGUCUAUCCAAUAUCUGGCAGUUGUAGUAGGCUUUACAGAAGAGGGUAUGGGUGAAGGUCAGCAGGUUGGAUCACAAUAAAAUCUUUUUUUACACCUUCCUUUUCCAUCUUCCUCCAAAUCUCAUGACAUCACUUCCAGUUUAUAGUGAUGUCACAUCCAGUAUAUGAUGACAUCAUUGCUGGUUUAACUGUGGCCAGCAGGUAAUAAGUCAGGUUGGGUGGGAUGGGGUAGCAGGUCCUAGAGGGUAAAAGUGCAGCUUGUGGGUUGGGUGCGGGUCUCCCCAAGGGAUCACACAGAUCUUUACUAUAACCCUGCCCUUUGUAUUGGGAAUAACCAAAAACUCCCAGCCAUCUGAAUGCUUCCUACUCCCAGGCAGACGUUUGUAAAUAUGUAGCAGCCUCCUGCGAUUGCUUGCCCUUUAUCCUCUGAUAAACCGAAAAGCAAUAUCUGUUUGCCUUAGAGGGAACACUGUACCUUUCAACAGCGCAGAAUUCCUUCGGCCCUCCGGCCGCUAUAUUAUGACUAAUGUUCUGUUCAGUUGAUGUGCCUGUCAGAUAAUGUGUGUUCUGUGCACCGUAUCUCUUUUUUACAGCUAACUGUGUAAUUGUGAGGAGGCAGGUAACGUGGCUUCAGGGUUGGUGGCCUGCUCAGCGUGUUACGUGGCACAGUCUGAAUGUAAAGCGCCUCUAUUGUGUGUUCAGUGUGAAACGGGCCCACAUUUACUAACCUGUGCAUAAAUAUCAUGAGAUAUAUGAAGGCUGGACUGUCUAACAGUUAGGGCUUUGGGGGGGGGGAAGGCGGAUGUCUCAUAGUAACCGCUAGCCAGCCGUCGAUGAUGGAGAGCUGUUGAUUUAUAAUAUAAAUAUGCUUCUCUGUGCCAAAAACAUUGAUAAUAGGUAUAGAAAUAAAUAUAUAGAAGGUCAGGAGGCUUCAUUAAUGCCAAUCCUUGCUUGAGGGACUUUGCAGGAAGUACUACUGUACUAUCCACCAUCUGAUGGAAGUACUACUGUACUGUUCAGAUACUUAAGACUCUGAUGGGUGUACUACUAGACUGUUCAGAUGCUUAAGACUCUGAUGGUAGUGCUACUGUACUGUUCAGAUGCUUAAGACUCUGAUGGGAGUGCGACUGUACUGCUCAGAUGCUUGAGACUCUGAUGGAAGUACUACUGUACUGUUCAGAUACUUAAGACUCUGAUGGGUGUACUACUAGACUGUUCAGAUGCUUAAGACUCUGAUAGUAGUGCUACUGUACUGUUCGGAUGCUUAAGACUCUGAUGGAAGGGCUACAGUACUGUUCAGAUGCUUAAGACUCUGAUGGAAGUACUACUGUACUGCUCAAUUGCUUAAAACUCUGAUGGGAGUGCUACUGUACUGCUCAAAUGCUUAAGACUCUUAUGGAAGUACUACUGUACUGUUCAGUUGCUUAAGACUCUGAUGGGAGUGCUACUGUACUGUUCAGAUGAUAAAGACUCUGAUGGGAGUACUACUGUACUAUGACUGUACUGUUCAGAGGCUUAAGGCUCUGAUGUUACUACUGUUCUGUGCAGAUGCUUUGGACUCUUAUGAGAGCACUUCAGUACCAUGCAAGUGCUUAGGACCCCCAUGGGAGUACUACUGUACUGUUCUGAUGCUUAAUAUUCUGAUUAAAGUACUACUGUACUGUGCAGAUCCACUGGACUCUGAUGGGAGCAGUACUGUACUCUGCAGAUCCACUGGACUCUGAGGGGGGUAAUACUGUACUGUGCAGAUGUUUAGGACACGGAUAGGAGUUGUACUAUACCUACAGAUGCUUAGGACUCUGAUGGAAGUCAUACUGUACUGUUCAGAUGCUUAGGACUAUGAUGGGAGUGUCCCAGUACUUGGGAACCUUUGAGUCCCUUCAUUACCACAGCAUACUCUGCAACACUUGUGAAUGAAAGUGACUUACACUACUACAACUCCAGAGGUCAGUAGUUUUCCAUCAGUGGAGCCCCGCCCCCCCGAAAGCCAAUUAGAAACCUACUGCCAGAGGUAGAGAAGACACUGCCAGAAAGGGCUUUCCACAUUGCACCCAAAGUCACAACAGUAUGUGUUCCUAAGCAGUUAUGAUGCUCAACCCCACGCACCACCAUUGAGAAAGUGCUGAUGUCGAAGUAGGUAACUAAGACGGGACUCUAUGAAGAGAAGUGGUAGCUGUGACCAGGCCUGUAUUUAUCACUGAAGAUAUAUAGACCAUGCCAUGUGGUCUAAGCUUGUUGACUGGCUAAACCAGAGCCAUCAGAGUAGCAGACCUUUUAUGCAUGUCGUAUAUGGCACAUUCCACUGGCAUUUCAAAAUAUGUAAACCGUGUGGUAUCAGAAGGGCAUGGGAUUUAUAAAGAACACAGGUAUUCAUGAAUGUUAUCCCAUAAGAGCACAUAUCUGCGUACAGGAGGCCUCCUGCAUUCCACUAUGCAUUCCACUUAUCAUGGCACAGUAAAUAUGGGCCUGUCUAUGGUCUUCUCAAUGGACUGAACCAAAUUCAGCCAACACCCAGAGAGUCUGUUUACACAUAGCUGUCCAGGUCCCUCACAUGUAAAGGCUGCUGUUGUGCCAAACCAUCAAGUACUUAAUCAAAGGGGUCCUCUAAACAUUAACUGUAGAGCAAAACGUUGAACAAAGAUUGCUGAUUGGGUGAAUAUCCUCAGGUGAUGUGUAUGGUGUGCCAUAGAAUUGCCAAUUCCUUUUCCCGAUAGGUGCAAAAUAACCAAAAUGAGCUACUGAAUGAGCCUCAGUGGUCAAUCUUCAGCCUUCCAAAAAAGCACGCUGGAGAUCCGCCCAUCCUUGCUUUGGGGUAAGGGAGAGUUUCCAACUGGUGGGAGUGGCUUUGCCAUUGAAAUGACCCCCAUUUGGAAUGACUAGUAUACUAAAAUCUUGGCCUUAUUGAGGCUGCGAGGAACAGAAUGGGAAGAGCUCCAUGGCACCUUGAUCAUGCUCCUCAUAGAUGCUCAUAUUGAACUGUGUUAGGCUCAGACUAUAUAAUUGUAGUAGCCAAUAUGCUGCAGGCUGCCAUAUUGCUCUCUUAAUGCCCAGGGAGGAGUAACAAUAGUUAAGACUUGGCUGUAGAUAGAUAGCCCCACCAUCUCUAGUGUUCUUCAAACAUAGUUCCUCCUCUAUGGUCGAACAGUGACCAAAUCAUCGCGGGAACGCUCGGAGACUUCACCUCCAUUUUCAGCAAACGCGUGCAAUUUCUGACGCAGAGUAGCCGGUGUGUCUGGGAACAAGUGAAAUGUUUACAAAUCUCUGUAUAUAAUGUAUUACCUGAAAGAACAAUCUGUGAUUGUGUAUUUUUCAGUAGCGUCUUUGUGUCGACCUGUUUGUUGUUUUCUGUACAUUCUAAAAGAGUUUAAAAAAAAAAAAUGAAAUAAAAGAAAUGACAUUGGGACGGAA